UUAGCUCACCUGACCUGAAAGGUCAAGUGAGCUUUUCUCAUCACUUUGCGUCCGUCGUCCGUCGUCCGUAAACUUUUACAAAAAUCUUCUCCUCUGAAACUACUGGGCCAAAUUUAACCAAACUUGGCCACAAUCAUCAUUGGGGUAUCUAGUUUUAAAAAUGUGUGGCGUGACCCUGUCAACCAACCAAGAUGGCCGCCACGGCUAAAAAUAGAACAUAGGGGUAAAAUGCAGUUUUUAGCUUAUAACUCAAAAACCAAAGCAUUAAGAGCAAAUCUGACAUGGGGUAAAAUUGUUCAUCAGGUCAAGAUCUAUCUGCCCUGAAAUUUUCAGAUGAAUCGGACAACCCGUUAUUGGGUUGCUGCCCCUGAAUUGGUAAUUUUAAGGAAAUUUUGCUGUUUUUGGUUAUUAUCUUGAAUAUUAUUAUAGAUAGAGAUAAACUGUAAACAGCAAUAAUGUUCAGCAAAGUAAGAUUUACAAAUAAGUCAAUAUAACCGAAAUGGUCAGUUGACCCCUUUAGGAGAAAUUGCCCUUUAUAGUCAAUUUUUAACCAUUUUUCGUAAAUCUUAGUAAUCUUUUACAAAAAUCUUCUCCUCUGAAACAACUGGGCCAAAUUAAACCAAACUUGGCCACAAUCAUCAUUGGGGUAUCUAGUUUAAAAAAUGUGUGGCGUGACCCGGCCAACCAACCAAGAUGGCCGCCACAGCUAAAAAUAAAACAUAGGGGUAAAAUGCAGUUUUUGGCUUAUAACUCAAAAACCAAAGCAUUUAGAGCAAAUCUGACAUGAAGUAAAAUUGUUUAUCAGGUCAAGAUCUAUCUGCCCUAAAAUUUUCAGAUGAAUCGAACAACCUGUUGUUGGGUUGCUGCCCCUGAAUUGGUAAUUUUAAGGAAAUUUUGCUGUUUUUGGUUAUUAUCUUGAAUAUUAUUAUAGAUAGAGAUAAACUGUAAACAGCAAUAAUGUUCAGCAAAGUAAGAUUAACAAAUAAGUCAACAUGACUGAAAUGGUCAGUUGACCCCUUUAGGAGUUAUUGCCCUUUAUAGUCAAUUUUUAACAAUUUUUCGUAAAUCUUAGUAAUCUUUUACAAAAAUCUUCUCCUCUGAAACUACGUGGCCAAAUUAAACCAAACUUGGCAACAAUCAUCAUUUGGUUAUCUAGUUUUAAAAAUGUGUGGCGUGACCUGGUCAACCAACCAAGAUGGCCGCCACGGCUAAAAAUAGAACAUAGGGGUAAAAUUCAGUUUUUGGCUUUUAACUCAAAAACCAAAGCAUUUAAAGCAAAUCUGACAUAGGGUAAAAUUGUUCAUCAGGUCAAGAUCUAUCUGCCCUGAAAUUUUCAGAUGAAUCGGACAACCUGUUAUUGGGUUGCUGCCCCUGAAUUGGUAAUUUUAAGGAAAUUUUGCUGUUUUUGGUUAUUAUCUUGAAUAUUAUUAUAGAUAGAGAUAAACUGUAAACAGCAAUAAUGUUCAGCAAAGUAAGAUUUACAAAUAAGUCAAUAUAACCGAAAUGGUCAGUUGACCCCUUUAGGAGUAAUUGCCCUUUAUAGUCAAUUUUUAACCAUUUUUCGUAAAUCUUAGUAAUCUUUUACAAAAAUCUUCUCCUCUGAAACAUCUGGGCCAAAUUAAACCAAACUUGGCCACAAUCAUCAUUUGGUUAUUUAGUUUUAAAAAUGUGUGGCGUGACCUGGUCAACCAACCAAGAUGGCCGCCACGGCUAAAAAUAGAACAUAGGGGUAAAAUUCAGUUUUUGGCUUUUAACUCAAAAACCAAAGCAUUUAAAGCAAAUCUGACAAGAAGUAAAAUUGUUUAUCAGGUCAAGAUCUAUCUGCCCUGAAAUUUUCAGAUGAAUCGGACAACCCGUUGUUGGGUUGCUGCCCCUGAAUUGGUAAUUUUAAGGUAAUUUUGCUGUUUUUGGUUAUUAUCUUGAAUAUUAUUAUAGAUAGAGAUAAACUGUAAAAAACGAUAAAUGUCGGCAAAGUAAGAUCUACAAAUAAGUCAACAUGACCGAAAUUGUCAGUUGACCCCUUUAGGAGUUAUUGCCCUUUAUAGUCAAUUUUAACCAUUUUUUCGUAAAUCUUAGUAAUCUUUUACAAAAAUCUUCUCCUCUGAAACUACUGGGCCAAGUUAAUUAUAGAUAGAGAUAAUUGUAAGCAGGAAAAAUGUUCAGUAAAUUAAGAUGUACAAACACAUCACCAUCACCAAAACACAAUUUUGUCAUGAAUCCAUCUGCGUCCUUUGUUUAAUAUUCACAUAGACCAAGGUGAGCGACACAGGCUCUUUAGAGCCUCUAGUUAGUUAUUGGUGUAUAAAGGAGAAAAAAUAGUGCUUGAUUUCAUUUGAUAACCCUAUCAUAAUGAUUCAUUCAGAGAACUCGAGGUUUAUUUUCUUGUGCAUUCAGUAGAAGAUAUAAACAAUGUCAGCCACAGCAAAGAAGCAAGAUUUGUUGGUCGAAGCAAAAUCUUUCUGUGAUGGCUUAUCCAACGUAUUCCUGAUGAAAAGACGAGAUCCUCAAACAAGAAAUUUACUGGACACCGCCAAACGACUGAUUGAAUCGCUUUGUACAGAAAAUCAGAAACCAACAGUAGGAUCUCAUGGAACCGCAACUAGGUCAACUGGAGGCAUGGGUCAGCUUUGGGUAAAACUAGACGAACUAAAACGAGAAAACGAGGAGCUUAGAAAACAUAGAGGUAGUAGCCAUGAAGAUCGAAGUCAAUCAACUAAAACUCAACAUGGACCUGGGGCAGAGUUAAAUAAAAUUCGUCAUGAAAACGAGAGCUUAAAAAUAAAACUAGCAAAACACGAAAAGACAAUAAAGGAGUUGGAACAAGUAAACGCAAAUCUACAAGAACAAAAUAAAAGUUCUAAAGUGGCUUUGGAAACGACACAAAGAUCCAUGGAAACGGUACUUAAAGAAUACAGACUGAUGGAAGAUAGUGUGAAGUGUAUGAAAUCUGAAAACGACACACUUAAGCAAAGGGUUACACGGUCAGUAAAACCUUUACCUCGUCUAGAUAAUAGACAAGUUGAGAACCUGUCAGAAAAAUGUCGACCUAGUAAUAUAGCUGUAGCUUAUAAUUCUCUUGAGAGUCAGCAGUGGAUUGAAGCCAAGGAAUCUUUAGAAGACAACACAGAGUAUGAAGAAGAAAUAAUCUUAAGGAUUCUCUGCUCAAUACUGGUGAAAACAUACGAAUGUUGUACAGAUGUGAAAGAUGCCUCUAAAUCAACCAUUGCUGAAAUCAUCAAUCAACCAACCAUUGUGGUAUCAGAUUUAAAAUCUGCCUCUAAUGGAAAGAACAAACUACCAGAAGAAUUAACCGAUGCAGUAGGCCAGUUGUACAGAAAACAUUAUGACAAUAUUGACACAGAUGUAAUUAGUCAGAAUGCUUUGUCAAGAGUUAUGAAAGAAUUCAAUGAUAUUGAUGAUUCGUGUCUUAACAACAAACUUGUUGUCGCAUACGCCAAGGAAAGUGCAAAUUUAGCAUGGCAGAUGGUCAUACAGCAACCACCGAUGUGUCUUUCCGUGCAAGAUACAAAGUUUAAUGACGAUUACCACAAACUUUGGUGGUCAUGUGAUCAAUCACGUGCGUCCGAAAUUGAAUUUUUCGUCUGGCCCGCCUUGUAUGAUUAUAAAAAUGGAAAUUUGUUAAUCAAAGGUUGUGUUUUUACAAACUGAACAGAUGCAAAUCCAAACCUUCCAACCUUAAUUUCAUCAGUGUUAUAUGUGGCCAAAACUAAGAUACACAUUAAACUUUGUGGACUGUUUUGUAUACUUGACCAUCAUAGGAAACACCAUUUUACCCGGUUAUAGCUUUUACAGCUAUUUGGAAUAUUUUAGAUUUGGAACAUAUUCAACAUUCAUUAGUUCUUGUAAAGAAAAAUCACAAAAGUAAACGGAAAUCAAACGUACGAUUACAGAAUAUUUGUGCUAUGAGCGAAACGCAAAGAAUAUUUUUACGUGUACAUACAUUUAAUCAAUUUAAUCAAUUUAACAAUUUAACGUAUACUUUCGUUUUAAAAGCGUUGUCUGUUUCUAUAUUAAAUGUUUUCUGACAAUCAACAUACAAUGUAAUAGCUGCCUCUGAUCUUUUUCCUUUUUUGCUUACAAUGUUUAUAUUGAAGUAAAUUUAAAUGAUGUCAAACAUGCCAACAUUUCGUAUUUAUUCAUAUAUAAAUAUGCUUGUCAACAAA